AUGGCGACCACGGCGCGCCCCUUCCACCUUGUCCUCUGGGGCGCCACUGGUUUCACAGGUCGAUUGGUGGCAGAGCACCUAGCACAGUCCUACCAGGGCAAAGUCAAGUGGGCGAUCGCUGGCCGAAGCAGGGACCGCCUCGAGAGCCUGCGGCUUUCCUUGAGCACCCAGUACGGCUUCGACAAGGAGGACGUCCCCAUCCUGCUUGGAGACCUGGAGGAUCCCCAGUCGCUGCGUGCCGCCUUCUCGCAGGCCAAAGUCGUCAUCUCCACCGCCGGACCCUACCUGAGGCUCGGCACCCCCGUUGUCGACGCUGCCGUGCACGCUGGGACGCAUUAUGUUGACAUCACAGGGGAGAUUCCUUGGGUUACAACCCUGGUGGAAAAGUACCACGAAUCCGCCAGGGAGAAGGGCAUCCGCCUCAUCCCAUGCUGCGCGUACGAUUCGGUGCCCAGCGACCUGGGCGCCCUGCUGGUGGCAAAGCACGCCCAGGAGAAGCUGGGCAAGAAGCUGGCGAGCAUCACCACUGUUGUUGCAGAGGGCAAGGGCGGUGUGUCUGGAGGCACCAUCGCUUCGGGCAUGGAGAUUGCCUCUCAGAGCGUCAAGACAGACGAUGGACGCAAUGUCUAUGCGCUGACCCCGCGCUCUGCCUGGGGCAGGGAUGCAGAGUUCUGGGGCGUCAAGUGGAACGAGGACGUCCACAAGUACCUCACGGGCUUCUUCAUGCAGGUUUGCAACAACCGCGUGGUGCACCGCUCCAACUACUUUCUGUCGUACGGAGACGACUUCCGGUACGAGGAGACCGUGCCCGCCAAGAGCUGGUUGGGUGCGCAGGCCAUCCGCGCCGGGGUGCUCGGCUUUGGCCUGGCGCUCAGCCAGGCUUGGCUGCACGGCCUGCUCCUCCGUUUCCUCCCAAACCCGGGCCAGGGCCCCACCAGGGAGGCCAUGCUGGGCGGGCACUUCAAGCACAUCGUCCUGGCCAAGACCCAGGAGGAGGAUGGCACAGCCCCCACAACCAUUCGGGCAGAGGUCGGCUGGAACCACGGAGACCCGGGAUACUGGGGCGGCUCCCGCCUGGUCCUGGAGGCCGCGCUCUGCCUCGCGCUGCAGUCGGAUGCCCUGGAUGCCGACCCACAGCUGCAGCGCGGUGGCCUCCUCACCCCCGCCAGCGGACUGGGCGCCACCCUCAUCGACCGCCUGCGCGCCGCAGACUUCUUCUUCGACAUCAAGAAGGAGGCCUGA